GUCCUUCUUCCGUCGCCGUAGCGGACGUCAGUCAGCCUAGCAAGCUAAGCUAAGAUAGUUGCUGAGAUAACAUGUCUUUUACUUUGUAUUCUCUCCUUCAGGCAGCGAUUUUGUGUGUCAAUGCUGUUGCUGUGUUACACGAAGAACGAUUUCUAAAUAAAAUUGGUUGGGGAGUGGAUCAGAGUGCUGGAGGUUUUGGUGAUGAACCGGGUGUCAAAGUUCAGUUAAUGAACCUUGUUCGCUCCGUGAGGACGGUAAUGAGAGUGCCGCUGAUCGCUGUCAAUUCCGUGUGCAUCGUGCUGCUGCUGCUGUUUGGAUGAAGACUGAACAGAACGCUCGACUGCCAGGAGGUUGUCUCCACCACCAGCUCAGGAAACCUUCAUCCCAAAUGCUUUCUCUCUUUUUUUCAUUCAUUUUCCUCAAUUUAUAAGGCCUGUUUUUUCUGUAACAGUAGAAAUUCCUUUUAAAAUGUACAAUAAAAUGAUUAACUCACA